GUACUAACCUUCAGCCAUUGCUACAGCAGUCCUUGUUUCCAGUGUGCUCCUUACACAGGGAAAAAUUGUCUCUUGAGGAAACAUCUACAGUCAUCCUGACUAACAAAAAGUACAUAGCAGACUUUUUAUGAGAGAAAAAAAGAUGCACGUGGUUCCACAAUGACCACAGUAUAUACGGCACAUACACCAUAUAGCAUUAAACAGUGGCAUUUGGAAAGCUUAGGAAUCCUUGGAGGAUACCCAGUGACCUCAAGUCAAAAUCAGACUAUGGAUGUCUUUCACACUCGAUUUAGUACUUGGACACCUUUUGAAAAUAAAACUCUUAACAAUCAGCUUUUUCAGGAAAGAAUCAGACUUAUAGGUCACUGGUUUGACUUGUGGAUGGACAAGCAGCGUAAGCAAUUUCUCCAAUGGAUUUUAUCCAAAUGCAAUAAGUCACAAUUGAAAUUUGCUCAGAUGUGGCUUUUAGAAACUAUCCCAAUGACUGAAGUAGACUUCACCACCUUGCUGCCACGUUUCAUAUCUUUGUACAUAUUUUCUUUUCUCAACCCCAAAGAUCUUUGUGCAGCAGCCCAGGUCAACUGGCACUGGAAGUUUUUAACUGAACAGGAUAGUCUAUGGAUGCCAAAAGCUAUUAAAUUGGGAUGGUUUCUUCCUUAUACUUCUGAAAAAAAUGAAUAUGGUGUUUGGAAGCAACAUUAUAUUGCCUGUGCAACCAACCCAGAUUACUUCGCUCCCAAGAAAACUGCUGAAACACAUAGAACUAAUCAAUCUAAAGCUGAACAUGAAGAAAAGAUGCAUGAAAAAUGUUUACGAAAAACUUUGAGAGAGACAUGGGCACUACACAAGAAGGAAUUGUUCAAAGCUCGCCCACCUUGGAUAAGUGGAACACGGCACUCAGGAUUUCACCGAUACAAAUUUCAACCAAAUUUGCCCCAGACUGUCCACGUCCAGGCUAGAUGGCCAGCAACAACCUUACUAAUAAAAAACAGAAGUCCUUCCCAAAAAGAUACACCUUCAAAAUAUUUUUCUGAAGAAGUUAAAUUUGAACCAAAAGCAAAGGUCCCUGUGGAGGCUGAGAAACAGGUCAUGUUGUCUUCUUUCAAAUAUUUACCCAAAAGAAGUUGUCAAAAUAUUUCCCAAACUUGCCUGAAUGGGGUGCCUUCUCUCCAGCCACACCUGAUUUUGAUAUCAUCCCAUGUUCCUGCUUAUGAGAUGAUUUUGGACAGUGUUAAGCCUGAAGCAAUCUCUGUAGUGUAUGAACCUAGCGGUGCCACACUGGAAAGUCUUCUUUAUUAUGUGCAAAAGGCUUUGGAUGGCCAAACAGCAAAAAGCAUUGGGAUUCUUAGUGAUGGAGAUUCCAGAGGCCUUACCCUGAUUCAAGGUUACAGAAUAAGUAGCAAGAACUUGCUUAAGCCUGAAGUGAAAGGAUUUUGGGAGAAAUUAAGAUGUUGUGUAGAAGAAGGUGGCCAUAUAGACAUCUUUGUUUCUCUGGCAGCAUCAGAAGCAGGCAUGGAAGUUCUUUCGCAGCUGUCUCAUCUGACUGGGGUAUUAUUUAGGACUCCCACAGGAAUAGCAACUGGAUCAUACCACCACCUUCUCAGUGAAUGGCUGGGAAAUCAGAAAGACAACUAUCCUCCAUUCCUCUACUUCACUGAAGCAAAACUGCUGGUGUGGCUUAGAUUCACAGAACUGUUGGAAGAUGCACUGAAAGCUGCCAGGAGAAAUCUGAGACCAUAUUUUUGUGAUUUGCAGAAACAUGUGGCCGGCAGGAUUAUUGGUCAGAUUAUGUUUGACACUCUGAGCUGGUCUGAAGUUCAAAACCAUCAAGGAAUAGCCCAGGCUUUAGCUGAUGGAUUAACUGAACUUUCAAGAGGAAACCAGGAAAACCCACUUGAAUUUCUGUCACACUUUCUGAUGAAGAAAAGUAUCAAAAAAGAAGAGUUCAGAAACCAGGUUGUCUCGACUGCCAGCACAAGAGAAGCAUGUGUUGGUGUGUCAGUUCAGAGUGGUAAACGAUAUGAAGACACCUCAGACAAGCGCAAAAGCCUUGCCAGAGAACUCCUGUUAAGUGAAGGAAACUAUGUGCACACUCUGGAGAUUGUAAGGGAUGUUUAUGUUAAGCCACUGAAUGCAGCAUUAGCGUCAAAUCGAGCAAUCCUAAAUAGUCUCAAUGUUCAGCUCAUUUUCACUGAUAUAUUGUGCAUAUUACAACUGAACAGGUGGUUUCUAGGUGAGUUAACAGAAAGGCUGAAAGAAUGGAGCCCAGCCCAGAACAUAGGAGAGGUAUUCAUAACAUUUGGCCAUCAGCUUCAAACAUACACAAACUUUUUCAAUAAUUAUGCUGUAAUCCUGAAAACCAUAGACAAGUGCAGAGAAACUAUCCCAGUAUUCCGUGCUUUCUUGAGGAGACAUGAUAGGACUGUGAUUACCUCUAUGAGGAGUCUACAAGACCUUCUGUUAUGUCCUUCUAAGAGGAUUGAAGAGUACCUAAACCUCUUGUAUGCUUUGAAGCUUCACACUCCUGCAGAACACACUGACCGUGAAGAUGUGACUGCUGCAAUUAAGCAAAUGGAACAAUACAGGGAUUACGUAGAUCAGCUAAAACAAAAUGUGGGCAGAGAUGAUCAGCUAUUAAGUACACAAAGUCUCAUCCAAGGAUGUCCUCACUUAUUGAAGGCCAAUAGGUACCUAAUAAGGACGCAAAAAGUAGUUCAGCUAAACUGCUGCUCUGAAAGAGUCAGUAUGCCAUACAGGUUAUAUGAACACACCCAUGAUCUUACCCUUUUCCUUUUCAAUGAUAUACUUGUAAUCUCACUAUGUAGCAUCUCUUACAAGCCUUUUGAACGGAUCCCAAAAACUACUCACCAUUUUUUGGCAGCUGUGAAACUUCAUCAACUCCUUGUAGAGGAUAUUCCAGAUUCCAAAUAUAUCAAGAAUGCCUUCUUUCUACAAGGACCCAAGUGUCACUGGAUUUGUUCUACAGAGGAAGAUGACAAGUUCCCAUGGCUUUCUGCACUUGAAAGAGCAAUUAACUGCAGUCUUCAAGAGGACAUAUACUCUCCUUGAGAUUUCCUACAUUGGUUAAUUACUACUUCUAUGGUCACAGAUAGGUGUGACCAUUUAAUUAACCUUUGCUUAAAACAACUCCUUGUAAACAGCUGGCUUUAAGUAAAAUCAAGAACCCCCCAAAACUACAGUAGUUACCUAUCAUUCAGUCACCAAUGCAAGAAUUUGAUUUUAUUAUGAUUCAUAACAAGAACACAUUCUGAACCUGCAGCUUUUCAAAUUUGCUUUUGAAAAAUACUUAAACAAAAUUAGUCUUUCUCUCAACAUUAUCACUGUACUAACAUCCAUAUUCUGCCCCACUAUUGUGCUAAGUGCUGAAUUUGCAGUACUGUAUAUUGAAGUGUUGGCCACAGGUUGAAGAUGAAAAUCUAUGCUAUCCCUAACGCUGCAUCUUGGGUCAUGUUAAGGAGCGCUUGGCUCCUUUUAAAGAGAAAGGCAGGGUAAAGAUAUUUUAAUUAAAUCAAUCAAUCUUAACAGCUGCAAUGCUGGCUCCAUAAAAUAGCAUAGUUGGAGACAGACUUUAUAUAGGUUACUAACAAUCAGGAAUGUGCAACACCACAUUAGAGUGAGUUAGAGGCCUGUAAGAACACUGAAUGGAACAGAGUUGAUAGAGUUUUAAAGUCAAAA